AUGCCAGAGGAGCUGGAUGAAUUACAAGAAGCCUUCAAGGAGUUUGACUACGAUGCAGAUGGCUUCAUACAUUACAAGGACAUAGCAGACUGUAUGCGGACUAUGGGCUACAUGCCGACGGAGAUGGAGCUGAUUGAGAUCAUCCAACAGGUCAAGAUGAGAUGGGGCGGCCACGUCGACUUUGAUGAUUUCUGUGAGUUAAUGGGACCAAGGAUGGUGGCAGAGACUGCUCACAUGGUCGGGCUGAAAGAACUCCGCUGUGCCUUCAAACAAUUUGACUGUAAUGGAGAUGGAAAGAUCACGAUAGACGAGCUCAAAGAGGCCAUGAAGACAAUGCUGGGAGAGAAGUUGAAGAAGGGCGAGCUGGAGGAGAUUCUUUGUGACAUUGACCUUAAUAAAGACGGAAACAUCGACUUUGAUGAGUUUGUGAUGAUGCUCUCUGCGCGGUGA